AUGGCUCGCAGCCGCGUCAAGCUCGACCUCGGCCCGCAUGGCAAGGUGCUGGCAUCCGUGCUCGACUUCAACGAUGCCCGCAACGUCGCAGCCAGCCGAUUCGGUGUCGAGCCCCAAGGCGUGCAGCUCUACGUCAGUGAUGGCGAGGAUCUCUGGGAGCUUCAUCCUUCCGCCUUCCAGGAUGUCGUGGCCGAGAACGGCGUCAUCGUAGCCAAGGCUUUGGCUCGACCAUCCUCGUCCACGCGUCAAGUACAGCCACCCGCUCCGACCACACCAACUACUACGAAUGCUCUUACACCUCGAGUUCCGACAGCAGCCCCCAAAGUCGAGCAUCCUCGCGCGGAAGUGUCAUCGUCGACCACCACCACUCAGUGUCCUCGCGCUUCCUCGGUGGCCAGUACCUCGUCCACGUCUAGUUCCAGCUCCUCCUCCUCGUCUUCCUCGUCCAGCUCCGCACGCAGCGUGAGCUCUUCCUCGUCUACAUCCUCGUCGUCGUCGUCAUCUUCGUCUUCAUCCUCGUCCUCAGAUGCCUUGCCUGUCCACGAUCGCCGCUCCGAAUCCGUCCAGGAUGUGACUGCCAUCACCGUACCCGUCCGCACCGUCAUCGGUCCCAACGGCCUGCCAGUGUCGUCAAAGGAGCGCUGGGAUCCCAAGACGCAUCGACUGAUGUUCGAAAAGCUCAACGAGAUCAUCAGCUCCGAGACCAUCUACUACACGCGCAAGUACACCGAAGAGCGCUACCGCAUCUUCCAGCUGCUCAUCGACAACUAUGGCGAUCUGGGCAUCAAGGGCAACUUCCUCCGUGGACGUACCGCCGCCGCCUUGAUCUCCAGAGUUUCGGGCGUGUUGCGCACCGCAAGGGAGAGAGGCGAGAAGAUCAAGCAGCCCUUCAAGUUUUUCUUCCCCAACCGCAAGGAUGACGAUGUGACGGCACGCGCCGUGACCGUUCCUGCCAAUGCUGCACCGGCUGAGACCAGCGCCAGCGGCAGUGGCAGAGCGACUGCACAAGCAGCAGCCAACGGCAGCCGCGCCCAGACCAUGCCGCUUCAGCCCAACGCUCCACGCAAUCCACCAGCAUCCAAGAAAGGAAAAGGAAGGGCCAAUGCCGCUGCAAAUCCAGCCACACCAUCUCAAAGAGCUACAGCUUCCACGCAGACGGGCACUGCGCAACCCAGUGGGAGCGCCAACGGAGCAGCCAACGGAACUCGAAAAGGAAAAGGAAAGGGUAAAGCAGCCCAAGGUGCCAAGUCGAAUCCUCCCGAGAUCCGUAAACGCGCCUCGCAGGCAGCUGCAUCGACCGCCCAAAAGUUCCCACUGCCACCCAAGCCACCCAAGCCAGCCAGACAGCCCGCCAAGCAGCCCGCCAAGCGGCCCAUCGAUGCGCCAGCGACGCCCAACACCCCGUCUCGGAACAAGAAGCAGAAACAGCAACAGAAUGGCAAUCAGGCCAACGCGACGCCGACCCGCGCUGCGCAGGGCAACACACCGCAGGGCAACUCUUCGCCUCGGCAACCCGCCAGUCAAGCCAGCUCGGGUCGAGAACGAUCCCGAUCCGAAGCUGCUCCAUCGCGGUAUCGGGAUCGAUCCGCCUCGCCUCGCCGCUACGAACGCGAUGAUGAUCGGCGUCCCGAACGUUCGGAUCGCGGACGCGACUAUUCGCCGCGCCGCGAAUCGAGUGCAUGGAACGUCAAACGAUACGAUGGUGGAGAUUGGGACCGUACCGAUACCGCUCCGGAUGCGCGCGGCGGAUCUUGGCGUCCAAGACAGGACGAUACCUGGGAAGCAUCUGCUGAGCGUUCGGCAACUCCGACGAGGAGUCAGCGCGGGGGCCGGAGUCCCAGUCGGUCGCGCGGGAACGACCUCUUCCGCGCGGUCACACGCUCGCCUCCGCCAGACGCACGUCCAUCUCCGGCUCCGAACGCGCGCGGAUGGCGCCGACCUCCUCAGUCGCCACGACCGCCGCCCUGGCGCCGCGACGAGAACAACGCCAACGGCGAGAGGCGAACGGCGGUGGAGCGUGCGCUGGUGAGUCUCGCAGCCGCAGGAGCAGACACGAGCUCGGGCCACGGCUCGCCGUACGAGGGAGACCAAGGCGAUGCACCGAGGCAGCGCACUUGGGGCAGCAACAACCGCACAUGGACGAGACCCAGUUACCCGACCGACGGUCGACGCGAGUCGCAUGGAUUCCGUAGUGACACGCCCUCGCGUGGGCCGUCGCGACCGGGUCCCAGCGACAAUGCCGACCGUCGCAAUGGGUAUGGGUCCCCGUGGACCAGCUCGUCGCAGGGCGUAGACCGCUCGGCUCCACCUCCCCCGCUCACUCCUCCGCGAAACGACUAG